AUGUCAGACCUGCAGGUAAAGGUGAUUCCUGCCACAGAGGGACAAACAGUGACACUGAUGUGUAGCACCAGUUGUCCUCUGACUGAAAACCCUGCAGCCUACAUCUGGUACAAGAACAGAGAGUUUCUCUAUGAGGACUGGUCUCCCUGGUACCAAGAGCUGGUCAGCAGUGAGGAAGCAGUCACAUACUCCUGUGCUGUCAAAGGCUACGAGGAUCUCAGAGCCCCUGAAGUCUCAGUGGAUUCAGUCACUCCGACCUGCUUCAGUGUGACCUACGCUAAAGGGAGAAUGUGUUCUUAUCAGCAGACGUCAGUAGAUGAGUCCUGCUCCAUCACAUAUCCCAGAGAAAUCCACGUCCAAAGGAUUCCUCCAGACAAACCAGGUUAUAUCAGACUGACCUGUAACACCAGCUGUCUUCAUACUGACAAUCUGACUUCAUUUAUGUGGUUUAAGAACAGACAAGUAGACAGAAACAAGGAGAAACAACAGGUUUUUGUUUCCAGCACUUACAAAGGAAGUUGGUCUUGUGCUGUAAAAGGUCUUGAGUAUCUGCGCUCUGCUGACGUCUGUGUAGAGGAGAAGAAAUGUUUGAGAGUGAAUUAUAUCAGCAGAAGUAUCUGUGCUCUGAAAGGAUCCUCUGUGAACAUUUCCAGUGAAUACUCUCAUCCUGACAACCAGCAGUCAGAGUCUAAACUUUGGUAUAAAAUGCAGAAGCCUUUCGAAGACGCCUCCUUUGCUCUCAAAGUCGGGGACAUGAGCGGCCCUGUGUUUACUGACUCCGGAGUGCACAUCAUCCUACGCACUGGUUGA